AUGAAAGAAUCCUCUGCACAAAACAACAAUGCAUUAUAUUCAUCAGCACACUCUAGAGAAUCGCAUGUAAUUGGGCGAUCUAAGAUAAUUAACAAUUAUAACAAUGAAAUGUCAUAUUUAUCAUAUAAUUCUCCAACUUUGAAUAUGAUUCGUUCUAUUGUUGAGGAAUUAUAUCAAAUACAUAAUGAAGAAAAUCGAUCGACAAAUGAACCGAAAGAAAGACGUGCUCAUUUUACUCUCAAACAUGAAAUAGAUAAAACUAAAUUAAAUAUUUCAAAUGAAUUAGAAUUGACUGAAUCGUCAAUUGAAAAUACUUCAGAAAAACAAAAAUCAUCUAUUAGAUAUCAACCAAUUUUAUCUGACUCUACAGCUAUUGUCUGUUGCUUAAAUAAGGGUCGAUCAAAAAUUGAUCGUUGUGUAUCAACAGACGAUCGUUGUACUCUUCAAUGUGAAUGUGCUACACAAACGAUGAAUGUCACAAACUUACCAGAACACAAUCAUUCACUAAUGACCUUAUUAACAGGCAAUCGUGAUGGUCAAACAAGUAACGAUUCUCCGCAAUCGAGAAGUCAUAUCACGUUAUCGACAAUGUCGAUUUCUUCUAAAUCAACAGACAGCGAUCAUCCUUCUUCAUGGCCAACAUUAAAUCAUGAGAACUUCUUAAAGGCUUCAGUUCAUCCUUGUGAAAAUGAUAAUGUAGUACCAUCAUUGAAUAUAGCACAUCAACUAAGGAUACCAACUCAAGCAAAAAUCUAUGAUCUAUGUCAAGAACAAACAUUAGACAAUUAUGAUACAUUCGUGGAUCUUAAUAUGAACAUUUUCAAUUGUUCAUCCCAAUUGAAUGAUCUUGAUAUAUUAUCGAGAUCUAAUAAAAGAUUUUCAGAUGAAAAUAUGACAAAGACAAAUUUAAAAUAUUGUACAUGUUCGAAACAAAGUUUACCUGAGAAUGAUUUCUCGAUGUUAAAAUUCACUUUACCGCAUCAGGAUAAAUCACUUAAAGAACUUCAUGUAUCGAAACGUUCUCUUCAAUUAAUGCAUAACGAUAAUCUCUUCUAUGUUCGUGAUCUUGUGUUAGUUUUUCGAAGAAAUAUUUCUCAAUUUUAUGAAAUUCUUCUAAAACGCUAUUAUUUAUCAAAAACACAAGCCAAAUUAUUGGUAAAAAUUAUGAAUAACUGGUGGAAAAAACAUCAAACAAAAUUUAUUGCGUUACAUGAAAAAUGA